AUGCUUAUCGUCCACCCGUCGAGCUGCUGCGAUGUGUGCUUGGACCCAUACUCCUGGCAAGAGGAGACCACACUGAAGGAGCCAUAUGCUAUUCCAUGCGGGCAUAUUUUUUGCAAAGAAUGUCUUGAAAGGACAGCUACAGCGACAUGCCCACUAUGUCGAAAAAGAUUUAACAGAGAUUCUAUCAAGAAAUUGCACAUGGAU